AUGAUAAUGCCGCGUUCAAAACGUCAGUGAUCUUCAAGGCCGGAAGGUCGGUGCUCUAGAAAUAGUUGGAAUUCCGAGUUGAAAGACCGUUAAAAUAUAUUUUUCCCAGCCGGAGCAGUUUUUUCCCCGAGAUCCCAGUUGUUUGGAACGCAGCAUCAGUCCACCCCCCAAACAAGUGUGUCUGUCAUCCUAACAAGUGUCAGUUUCUACGCAACCUGGCAAAACUUGGCAUCCUGGGAGUGGCGUUUGAUUCAAUAUGGCGGCAGCAAAGGAAGGAAAGAACAAAUCAGGAUUUUGGGGGAUUAAGGACAGUAUCCUUUUACUUUGUGUCCGUAAAAGACAGCCCCCCGUAUAAGAAGUUUUGAACGUUUUGAAGUCGAAAUUGUCAGUAUGUUUUCGAUGACGCAUCAGAUGAAGACCAACCUCUGGUGUUCAUUCCGGGAGUAAGCAGAGAGGGACACUUGCGGACAGCCUUUAAGUCAGUAUCGGGCAGCAGUGAGAGAAAGGUGAAGAUGAGGGCCAAUUAUAGCAGUGAGAUCCGAGGAGAGGCUCCUCUGAGCCGGGGCAAUAAGAAGCAAGGCCAGCGGCUCUCCCUGUCCUCGAUGGGUAGAGGGCAGCUCCAGGCCACCCCUGCACCUACAGUCCCACCUCCCAACCCAGCCACCCAGCAGCAUCUCCUCACCACUCCACAGUGUAUGUAUUUUGUUCAGGCACUCUCUGAGGUGACCCAGGCUAAGAACAGGACCUCUCUGAAGGACCUCUGUCCCCAGGAUAAGCGGCGCAUCGCCAACCUCAUCCAGGAGCUGGCCAGAGUGAGUGAAGAGAAGGAGUCGUCGGUACAGAGGCUGAGGGACGAACAGGAGACCUUUGAGCGCAAAAUUCUACAGCUUGAGCAGCAGAACCAUCUCAUUGUACAGGAGAGAGAGAGCCUACAGCAGCAGUAUCGGGAGUGUCAGGAGCUGCUUGGUCUCUACCAGCAGUACCUCUCUCAGCAGCAGGAGAAACUCAACCAGUCCAUUGCCCAGCUCAGCCACGCACGCAGCUCUCACUAUAACUCCCACAGCAAGGCCCCCAGCAGUGAGGGAGCCUCCACCAAGCCUAGCAGGGGAGAGAGGGCCACAGCCUUGGACGGCUCCUACCUAGACUUGCCCACUCUUGGAGGAACGGGGACAAACGGAGGAGGAAGAGAGCAAAGUGGCGGAGGAAGAGGAGCGGGAGGAAGAGUCCCAUCCCUGAGUCCUGCCUCUCUCUCGGACGACCUUCACUCAGACACUCACCCUCCCUAUUCCUCCAGCGACCAAUCCCAGGGACCAAUGAAACCAUGGGGCUGCCGAGGAGGGGCCCAUAGCGAGCUUCGCCUAGCGUCCCACCGCAGCAGACAGGAAAGUCUGGUCAACAGGACGUUCCCCCAAAGAGGGGCCACAGAAGACCCUCGACUGGGCAACACCAGCCCGCUGCUCCACAACGGCCCUGGUGAACUACUCAAAGACAGCAGAGGUCUACUUGGACCUGGAGGGUUACUACCCGGAGAAGACCCAUCGGGGGAGGGAGUAGGGGCAGAGGGGGCCCUCACAGCACCCCUCCUGGGCCCGGAGGACUGGGAGGAGAGGAGGCACCAGCUGUUCCUGCAGAAGCUGCAGCUGGAGGUGGAGAGAGAGAGGCUGCAGGCGCGGCUGGCCCAGCAGGAGGAGCGUCUGAUGAGACAGAACCAGCAUCUCCGACACACCCGCCUAGACUACAGCAGGUUCCAGCAAGCCACUUUAGAGGAACUCAGCCACUCCAUGUCCAGAAAUGAGACUGAUCCGUUACCCAACAGCCGUACACUACUCAGUGAGAUGAGAGGGUGUGACGAUGCAGAGGACUUGGCAGCAGAACAAGAAGUACAUCCACACAAAGACAAUACUGCACACAUCCCCCUGCAAAACUCCAUACACUCCCCUGAGCCCUGUCAAAAGUCCAGGAGGGAUAUGGCCACCUCUCCUUUGGUGUCCCAGAGCAUUCUCAAAGCCACCCCAGCACCAGUGAUGCCCCCCACUCUACCUAGGACCCCCCACGCUAGGUUGGACUCCUCAUUGAUUGAGUUGUUGGAGGUCUUCAGUCCCAUCUCUCUGCCCAAGCGAAACAGCCCCUCCGCCCAUCGAGGCAACCCUACCCGAUGCCAGCCCCCCCUCAGUGUCCCCAAAUCAGCCCGCCAAGCUCUGCUCUCCCACCCUGGCCCUUACCGGAUCCCCCAACAGGACCUGGAGGAGAGCCAGAUACUGGAAGAGAUUUUCUUCAUCUGCUGAGGGGUUCGGAUGUAGUUACCCUGAGGGGGAAAAAAUUACAAUUCUUAAUCAUUUACUUGAUAUUUACCAUUGGCUCUUAAAUUGAGGUCAGUGCCUUCUGUUUGUUUUGGUUAGAAAUUUCCAAAUAAGACAAUCAUGAUUUAGGUAAUUGUACCAUUGUAUUUUUAUAAUGCAAUUGUUUUUAUAUUGAUUGUUUUUUAUAUUAAAUGUAAAUAAAUGUAAAGAAUUUUGUGUA